AUGUCACUUGAGUUAAGCUCAGAUGAGAGUGAAGAUAAUUUUAGAGAUGAGUUAGUGGAUAUUCCUAGCAGGUUUUCUAAGGAAUCCAUUACUAUAGACACACGUCAAGUGAGGUUAAUUUUAGAUCACACAGCCUUUGUCAGGGGAAUUGGUAAUAUCAAAAGAUGGUUCAAUGAAGAUUAUAUCAAUUCCAAUAUCACCAGAUCCAAUGAAAUUAUUAAUUUGAAUAUUUACAUCCCAACCUAUACUUUGCACGAAUUUGAUUUUGCUAAAAAGGGCACAUCUAUUAGUGCCACCAAUGCACGUGAAGCAAUUAGAUUCAUUGAUAAUUAUUUGGAAAAUGAAGUUGAAAUGAAUUCAGACAAAAUCCACUAUAAUCUUAUUUUGGAAUCUGCUGAAGACAAUGUGCCAUCUUGGAAUAAGUGUAAUCAUUAUAAAGUGCAUUCUCCGAGGAUCAGAGAAUUCCCAAAUUAUAAAACCAAAUUUGAUUCAUCUUUAAUUGGACAAACUGCAAAUAUUAACGACGAUCCCGAAUUUAAUGAAAAUUUUGAUAAUGCUUUAACUUUUAAUCAACGUAAUAAAUUAAAUGAUAUACAGUAUGAAAAUUCUGCAUCUUAUCAAAAUGCUAUUGCCAAUUCUGAUAACUUGGCAGAAAUGCCAGUACGUUUGAGAUAUUUGAUUAGAAGUUGUAUUUAUAAAAGAUUCAUUGAAGCAACUAAACCAAAAAUCAAAAAUGAGAUUGAGGAUUGGAAAUUAGUUACAGAAGAUCCAAUCACAAAAAUUUGGGCUAAAUCAUAUGGAAUUGAUUGUCUCAAUGUUAAUGAAGCGGAAUUAUUGAUAUUCCAAAAUUAUGAUGUCAAUCUGUUCAGAUUAUACAAUUUAUACGCGAAUGAUGGAGAUAAUUUUGAUCCAAGCACAAACAUUUUGCAAAAUACAAUCGACACCACUUUGUAUUCAUACUCAAGAGUUCAAGAUGAUCACGUAAAUCCAAAUUACCGAGGUAAAAACCACCGAGGAAAAAAUAAUAGAGGAAGACGUGGAACGAAAAGAAGAGAAAAAUGGUCAUUAACAACCGAUUCCGUUGUCAGCGAGGAGAGAAAUGAAGCUGGAACUGGUUUCAUCAAAAAGGAGAAGUUUGGAGCAAUUAAUUAUGCCCCAAGAGGACAAGGUGAAUUAUGGAGACCAGGAUGA